AGAUGUGGGUUGGAUCAUUAGUUCUGCCCUGACUCAUACACAAGGAGUUGCUCCCCAGUACAGGCAGGAUGGUGCUCGGCGCUGCAUUCGCUUGCUGCCUGUUCCUGAGCCUCCCUCAGGCUCAAUCUGCCUUCCCUGCUGCUUCCCCUUCCCCGUCCCUGGAGGCUGGCCCCUUCUACGACUUCCUCAGCGGCAGCCUGGAGCUGGACCUGAGCGAUGACGCCCUGGACCCCGCCAUCAACAAGAGGAUGGGCAGGAGAGAGACCUUCCUCGGGCUCAGGCACCCACACUGCUCCAAGUCCAGGGAGAACUGGUCCUCCAGUUCCAGCGGCUUAGCCUCAGCCACCGACACAGUCAAGUACAGAGUGACCAUCACCACCGCCUCGACUGAACCCCCCUGGAAAGUUUUCCCGUUGUGGCACCUCCUGAUGUUCAUGAAGCGGUUUUACAGCUGCUGCAAACUGGGCUACCCCUGUAAGAAGAUACGAGGCUACCAGGGGCGUUUAAUUGGGCAUGACGAGAGGAAGAUGGAAUUCUUCCUAAGGCCAGAGUAUUUGAAUCUAAAUGUACUCCGAGCACAACUGAACUUGCACAUUGCCAACCCAGAUCGUGUGAUGCUGGAGGCAGAGAUCAGAGUAAAAAUGCAAGGCAUCACGGCUACCAAAACCACACGUAACAUGACCUGGCACAAACACGAUGAAUCCGAGCUAGCCUUCGACACGUUGUUCCUCUUCAAGAUGAUGAAGGAGGCACAUUUUAAGGAAGGUGGUGGGACAAUCGAGUUCUCCCUAAUACUGAAGUGCUCUCAGGGCAAUACAGCAUUGUCAUGCAGCGAACAUGGGGUCAGUGUGUUGCGUGCACCUUUCAUGGCCAUUGGUUACAUUUAACACACUCCGUUAAAGAGGGCUUUACCACAAUCUUUCCUGUUCAGCCAACUCAUCUGAAUAAAUGCACGGACAGCUGAGGCUUGGUAUUGGAAUUGGCAGUUUUACCAGUUUGCAUCAGCUUUAUUGCCCUCAUAAUGGCACCCCUCUUCAGUGGGAUUCCUGGUGGUCAAUCUUCCUCUUCAAAUGGGGUUCCUGAGCUGAAGCUCAAUGUCCACUUGCUCUUUAGUUAAGGAUCUGAAUGGUGUCCCUCGCCAUUAACAGCGAUCCUGAUAGCAAGACAAAUUCUACAAAGUACAGGGUGGCAUGGUGGCUCGGUGGUUAGCACUGCUGCCGCACAGCGCCAGGUACCCGGGUUUGAUCCCAGCCUUGGGUGACUGUGUGGAUUUUGCAUGUUCUCCCCGUGUCUGCAUGGGUUUCCUUUAGGUGCUCCGGUUUCCUCCCAAGGAUGUGCAGUUUAGGUCAAUUGACCAUGCUAAAUUACCCAUAUGGAUGUGUAGGUUAAGUGCAUUGGUCAGGGGCAAAUAUAGGAUAGGGGAAUAGGUCUGGGUGGGUUACCCUUCAGAAGGCCGGUGUGGACAUAUUGUUCCAAAGGGGUCUGUUUCCACACUGUAGGGAUUCUAAUUCUAAUUGUAAUGUAGGCUUUUGAAGAUGCAACUCACUCAUGAAGUCCUUUAAAACCAAAACUAGUCCGUAAUUCCACUCAAUAGAGAAUAUGCUAUGCCCUGGUCCUGAAAUGAUAUGACGAAGGAGGGUAGAAUGCGGGCUGUGUAAAAACCCUGACCACAACAUCACACAAGGACAUAGUAUCAAGUCUAUCAGUGUUUACAAGACAAAUGGCACCAUUGAAACAAUCGUGAAGGAUACAAGUACAUUGUCUGCUCAAUCACAGUGGGAUUUAUCCAGUUUGCAGAAUAAACCUACAGGAGACGAUGCAAAGACGUGUGUUGGGUUGACAGCUUUAUGUAUAUAUAUGACUAACUUUCUGUCCCAAUGUGCCAAAUUGAGACUGGAGAAAUUGGACAAAGUGCCAAUAAGUAAUCACUUAUGAUCAUGAGACUUCACUACAUCACGGGAAUCAAAACUAUCUGACCCAAUGAUGCCAGGAGACUAACAGCCAGGAAUAAUAAUUUGAACAAAUUACUAUUCAGGCCAUAUCUCUACCAA